AUGUUGGUAAUGUUUUGGUUGGAAGUUCUUGUCUCAGGGGCAGCGAGAACGCUCAUCGUCUUGGGUGAUCGAGACAUGAUCAAAUGCGAAGUGAUGGUGAUGCUGUUAUGGAAGGUGCCCGCGAUACCUAUCCUGUAG